AUGCAGGAGGUGGAGGGACAAACUGGUUCCCAGUUGCAGGCAGCUGUCUUACUUCACACCUUCUUCUGUUCCAGGAGAGAGGCUCAAAGGGGAGUCGUUCCAGGGAAAGAGGAGCUCCUUCGAAGAAAUAUGGAGAAAGGAGACACCUGCGUUACUCAGCAAGUUUGCUUGGAGGAGGAGAUGCAUGAUGGAGAGAUGCGAGAGGUGGAGGUUGCGGGACACACGGUGCUGCUGGUGAGGGAGCAGUUGCAGAUCCGUGCCGUGGGAAGCAAGUGUCCCCAUGCUGGAGCACCUCUCUGCAAAGGCAAGCUGGCCGGUAGCCCUAUGCGGGAAAAUGGGAGUGGGCCUGCCAAGCCGCAAGUGACGCCUGACACCGGCUAUUUGAAACGUGGCCGGCUGCGCUGUCCCUGGCACGGUGCCUGCUUUAGCACCCAGACUGGUGACAUCGAAGAAUACCCCACGCUGGACUGUCUUCCAGUUUUCCAGGUGACAGUGAAAGACGGGAAAGUGUUCGUCACUGCCAGCAUGAAGGAACUUGCAAGCAGCCGCAGGGUGAAACCCAUGAGCCAGCGAAGCCCAUCCGCAAGGCAGGUGGUGCUGCUCCUAGGAGCAGGGGUGGCGGCACUGACCUGUGCUGAGACGCUGCGUCAGGAGGGCUUCACGGGCAGGAUCCUCAUGGUGACAAAGGAGAAUAACCUGCCCUAUGACAAGACGAAGCUCAGCAAGGACAUGGGAGCCAAGGCAGAGAGUCUUUACCUGCGGCCUCAGAGUUUCCUGGAUGCUCACGACAUAGAAAUCUGGAAGGAAAAAGAGGUGGUUUCUGUGGACACGUCCAACAAGAAGGUGUAUUUCCGUGACGGGACCCACCAGGCCUAUGACUACCUGCUCAUUGCUACAGGCAGCGACCCCAAGCGUCUCAAGGUCCCAGGCACCAACCUGCGGAAUGUGUGCUACCUCCAGACCCCAGAAGACGCCAACAGGAUCCUGCAAUUGUCAACUGGCAAGAGGGUUGCAGUAAUAGGUGCCUCGUUCAUUGGCAUGGAGGUGGCUGCCACCCUGUCGACUGUAGCCACUGGCGUUCAUGUGAUAGAGAAGAUGGAAUAUCCAUACCAAGACGCACUGGGGCCUGAGGUUGGCAGCCUUGCCAUGAAGAUGCUCCAUGAGCAAGGAGUCCUGUUCGAUAUGAAGGCAGACGUCACCGAACUGCAAGGGGAACAUGGGAAGGUCACCCAUGUCCUCUUAGCCAGUGGGCGCAAGAUCCAAGCUGACGUCGUGGUGGUAGGAAUAGGGGUUGCUCCCAACACCAGCUAUCUUCAGGGCAGCUCCAUCAAGCUGGACAAGAGUGGUGCUGUUCUUGUGGACCUGUUCAUGAAGACAAACGUCCCUGCUGUCUUCGCUGCUGGAGAUGCAGCCUCAUUUCCUGUGGCCCUGUUUAACUGGAAGAACACACACAUCCAUCACUGGCAGAUUGCCCAAGCACACGGGCGUGUGGCUGCCCUCAACAUCUUGCAAAGGCAGGAGAAGCUUCACACCGUACCUUUUUUCUGGACCAAGUUGCUUGGGAAGGUCAUCCGAUAUGCAGGCUACGGGAGAGGCUACACGGACAUCGUGAUCAAGGGCAAUUUGGACGAAGAGACGUUCGUCAUCUUCUACUUUCGGGAUGGCUUUGUGACUGCAGUGGCUAGCCUGAAUUUUGACCCGGUGGUGGUUAUGGUGGCAGAGGUCCUCUAUUCAGGGAGAAAAAUAUCCAAGCAAGAAGCAGAGAUGAUGGACGCGUGUAAAGUUAGAAACCCUGAGCAGGAAUCACAGGCGGAGACAGAGCCACAGGCAGAGACAGAGCCACAGGCGAAGACAGAGCCGGCUGCAGCUUCUGUUAAGCUGCAAUAA